AUGUCUGAGAAACAUCUCGGAAUCAACGAGAAAAAAGACUUAAACACAGACAUCCGGACAGAACCCAGACGGCCAAGACUUCCAACCCAGACGGCCAAGACUUCCAACCCAGACGGCCAAGACUUCCAACCCAGACGGCCAAGACUUCCAACCCAGACGGCCAAGACUUCCAACCCAGACGGCCAAGACUCAACCCAAGAACCCAGACGGCCAAGACUUCCAACCCAGACGGCCAAGACUUGGUAUCCAGACGGUCAAGACUUGGAACACAAGAACCCAGACGGUCAAGACUCGGAACCCAGACGGUCAAGACUCGGAACCCAGACGGCCAAGACUCGGAACCCAGACGGCCAAGACUCAGAACCCAGACGGCCAAGACUUGGAACCCAGACGGUCAAGACUCGGAACCCAGACGGUCAAGACUCGGAACCCAGACGGUCAAGACUCGGAACCCAGACGGUCAAGACUCGGAACCUAAGAACCCAGACGGCCAAGACUCGGAACCUAAGAACCCAGACGGUCAAGACUUGGAACCCAGACGGCCAAGACUCAACGCAGACGGCCAAGACUCAACCCAGACGGCCAAGACUCAACCCAAGAACCCAGACGGCCAAGACUUGGAACCCAGACGGCCAAGACUUGGAACCCAGACGGCCAAGACUUCCAACCCAGACGGCCAAGACUUGGAACACAAGAACCCAGACGGCCAAGACUUGGAACCCAGACGGCCAAGACUCAACCCAGACGGCCAAGACUCAACCUAGACGGCCAAGACUCAACCCAGACGGCCAAGACUCAACCCAAGAACCCAGACGGCCAAGACUUGAAACCCAGACGGCCAAGACUUGA